GCUGUUGCCGUCGCCGCCGCCGCCGCCGGCGGGCGGGCGGUGCCUGAGGGGGCGGGGGCGGCGCGCCAUGCCCCGGGGGGCGACGGCGGAGCCGGCGCCGAGCCGCGGUCGCUGAGGCGCGGCGGGAGCAUGGCCGAGUCGCUGCGGGAGGAGCCGCCGGGCGGGCCGGAGUCGGAGGCCGAGCUGUCGCAGCGGCUGGCCCGCACCAAGGCCCGCUCGUACGGCAGCACGGCGAGCGUGGCGGCGCCGCUGGCCGAGCGCUACGUGGAGCACCGGCUCAGCGCCGGGGACACGCUGCAGGGCAUCGCCCUCAAGUACGGCGUCACGAUGGAACAAAUAAAGAGGGCAAAUAAACUGUUCACUAAUGACUGUAUAUUUCUGAGAAAAACCCUGAAUAUUCCUGUUAUAUCAGAGAAACCAUUACUGUUCAAUGGACUUAAUUCACUGGAGUCUCCUGAGAAUGAAACUGUUGACAGCUCCCCUUCUUGUGAUGAAGGACUAGUGACAGUUCAGGAAGAAAGUAGUUCUUCUCCCAGUCCUCAAGAGCCUGACAAUCAGCCUGCUGCACCAGAAGAACUAUCUGCCAGAGAUUUCCUACAGAGAUUGGACUUGCAGAUUAAGUUAUCCAAACAAGCAGCCAGAAAACUGAAAGAUGACAAUGUCAGAGAGGAGGAGAAUGAGGAAGGUCCCUAUGCAACUUCUUCGUAUCACCAGUAGAAGACAGAUGUGAUGGCCUGAAAACUUUCCAUGAAAUCAGUUCUUAAAGAACUAAACGGUCAAUAAUUCAAAACCCAAGUCUUUUGGACUCAUCAUCUUGAUGUACUUAAAACAAGUCACGAAUGGGUAAUUGCACUGAAAUUAUGACCUCUUCUGCCUUCCAUAGGUUAAUGUCCUUAUGCUAUAUCAACAAAGGGUUUAAGCCUUCCAAAACUAGCAAUGGCCUUUAUACCCCUUCUGUGCAAACUGUAGCAUGGUAGCAACAAUAUAUCCUUGAGGUCACCUUUAUGCAGGAUGUUGAUCUUUAGUAAAGAUUUUGUAAAUACUUGUUAAAGUGAAAUUUGUUUUAAGUAUUUAAAAAUAUUAAGUUUGCUUGUAAAUGACAAACUAUGAAAACAAUAGAAAUUUACUUAUUCUGCAAGCACAGGCAAGUUUGCUGUGGAAGUUUUGUCUACUUCAGAGCUGCAGAAUUUGCCUCUGAACUCUGUGUGUGUCUAUGUGUGAUUAUGAUAUAUUCCCAGAAAGGGGAAUUCGACUUGUUUUGAUGAGUUAAAGCCUUUACGGUUAAACAACUGUUUGCAAAUUGGAUUUCUGCUAAUAAAAGGGAAGAGUUACAGCAAGAGAUUUUUCUUUGUGAGAUACGACAUUGGAAUAUCAGAUGUGUGUUCUUGUGUACAGUUAUAUAUUUUGUGUGGUUUUAAUUUAAUAAAUACAAAAAUACCAGUGUGUCUGUUCAUAAUGAA